CACCCCUCUAGUUACUACUAUGACGCCGCAUUCUGGUACUGUAAACAAAUGUGCCGCUGUUGUGUUGGUGAGUGCUGAUAUGCUAUGCACUUAUAUUACUUACUACCAGGAGUGCCAUUGACAGAACCUCGCUCGUAGAUUCCAUUGACCCCAGAGCCUCGAGACACUUCAAUACCGCUAUGAGUGACACCAAGUCCAUUUACCUCUUGGCUCAAGGGAACCCAGCGACGCUCCUUUUCUCAAUGUAUUUUUUGAUCCCAUUUUAUUCCAUAAAACUCAUGUUUGCCUACCCUGCCACAGGGUUCAUAGUACUUGAUACAAUCUCAGGUACAGUGGUUUGGAUGUGUAUGUCGGAGAUGUCACCGACCGAUGGUGUCUCCUUUGCAAUACUUUCUGGGCUAGAGUUUGGAACCAGAUUGAGGAGGAUGCUAUCAGUAGCAGGUUCUGAGGAGGUAAUACCCUCUCCAAUCAAGUCAACAUCAGCAACCAGGCUAUCUGAAACUUGGUCUGCUGUGGCCUCUCCUGUAGUUGAACCAACGACGACAGCUUCGGGAUCGGGAACACCAUCAUCUGUGGACCCAUUGCUGCUAGAAAACCCAUGGACCUCAAGUGAAUCAACGCUGCCAGUGUCAACAUCAACAGACUGCGUGUCUCCAUUGGAAGUCGACACCGUCUCAGAUGCUGGCUCUGCAUCUUCAACCCCGUAAUCCGUCUGAGUACCAUCCAAACUCCAGUUUUCGCUAUCAGGCCUCGACUCCAUGGCGCCUGGUCUUUCUUUGUUAUCUGUCGCUGACAAUUCUGGCUAC